AUGGGACUUGAGAGGAAGAGGAGGGGGAGGCAGGGGGAGGAGGGGGAGGAGGGGGAGGCAGGGGGAGGAGGGGGAGGCAGGGGGUGGAGGGGGAGGCAGGGGGAGGAGGGGGAGGCAGGGGGUGGAGGGGGAGGCAGGGGGAGGAGGGGGAGGCAGGGGGAGGAGGGGGAGGCAGGGGGUGGAGGGGGAGGCAGGGGGUGGAGGGGGGAGGGCGGUACUGGGCUGAAAACUUUCUCUCUGCAGCAGCUGGAGCGAGUCUCGGCUUCAACUCUGUCGCAACAGCUUUGUUUUCCAGAUGACAAGAGACCUGAGAACCCCGGACCCGAGGACUGA